AUGGGGGAUGUGUCUCCCACCCCACGUGAACUUUUUACCGAAGCUAUGGUCUUCUGGUGUAUAGCGCUUAUUAUUUUUGUUGGGAGAAUCCUGGCUCGUUUAAUUGGCAAUGGACAAGGAUCCAAACGGCUGCUUCUGGACGACUAUGUGAUGACGGCAACCUUCGCAAUAUAUACGACGAUGUUAAUACUGAUUCAAAUCUCUGCCCGCUAUGCAACGAACCUGAUGGACCCGAAGGACUACCCCACGGUUCUAGCAGAUCCCAAGCAAGUCAGCGAUCGAAUCUAUGGAAGCAAAAUUGUCAUUGGACUAGAGCAAUGCAUGUUGGUCUCAACCUGGGGUGUGAAGACAUGCAUGUUAAUGCUUUAUUGGCGAAUGACACAGAAUCUGAAAUCGAACCUCUAUAUCAAGAUCCUUUCGAUUUACGUUGCCGUCGGAUUUGUCGUCAUAAUGGUCACCUAUUAUGCAGUUUAUUGUCGCCCAUUCUCACAAUACUGGGCCAUGCCCGUGGAGAACAUGCAGUGUGCAACAUACCAAUACUACUCGAUAACUCAAGCUGUCUUCAAUAUUUCUUCCGACGCCGCCAUGUUCGCCGUCCCGAUUCCCCUCCUCAUCAGAGCUCAACUCAAAAUGCGCAGAAAGGUCGUUCUCAUCGGUGUCAUGAGUCUGGGCUUGUUCACCAUCAUUGCUGCUAUCCUAAACAAGUUUUUCAAUUUCGCCUCCCCUCUCACAACCAUCUACCAGAUCUGGUACAUACGUGAAGCCAGCACGUCAAUCUAUGUCGCCAACCUCAUGUGCUGGUGGCCACUACUGCGCAAGUUGUUUGGCGUCAAGGCAUUCAAGUACAACAGCAACCGAGGCCAGCGACUUGGAAACUCUGACAACUCCGAUAACUCACAAUCUCGUCCUUCAUUCACAUUACCUCGCUCAUGGAAGCCAUCUUAUCGUCGAAACAAAGGCACAACGCCUGGCAAGCACAGCGCCACCAAGCGCUCGAGUGCUGAACCAAUCAAUGGGUCCAAUACUGAGUUCUUCGAUGAUAUGAAUCGUGUCGAAGCUGUUCCGCUUGAGGUCUGGACCAAAAAGGAUGAUCUUGAAACUGAGAAUUCGAUACGUCGAGGCUCAAUCAACUCAUUUGAGAAACAAAGUGAUGCUCAAUUGGACCAAAUGCAGCAUAAACGCUCGCCUUGA